UGUCAUGUUCCUAUUUCAAUUCAUAAUAACAAUCUCUCAUAACAGUUACGGUUGUUUGUCAAAUAUCUUUAGACAGGGGUUUUAAUGGGAAUACAAACGAAUAAAUUUUAAUUCAGUAGGAAUGGCUGAAAUAUUAAAAGAAUGGCUAACCGAAAGGUUGCACAGACCCAUAACAUGGGAAGCCCAAGAAUUUGGAAAUAUGAUGAAAAAUGGCCACGUGAUUGCUGGAGUGCUACACAGCUACCAUGUAAUAAAUGAUGAAAAACUUUUUUUGAUAAGAGAUAGUUCCGCGCAAGAGGACGUAAAAAAUAAUUGGAGUUACUUAAUCGAAUGGUUAGCAGACUUAGAAGUUUAUUUGACUGCUACAGACUUAGAGUGCAUUACGAAUGGUAAAGGAUCCACACUUCUUCGCCUAUUCUACCAAUUAUUUCUUCAUUUAGACAAAAGGGAUCGUACUAAUUUUAUAAAAAGAGAAAGAAAAAUGGUGUCCAGUCUUGUGGAGAAAAUGGGACACAGAUUUAAAGUAGACAAAAUUCCUGAAGAAGAGGAGUCAUUUGUAGAUAAUCUGUCUAAACCUUUACUCAAUGAAAAACAUUUUAUAGAUUGGCAAAAAAAGAAAGCUGAACAAAUUAAAGACACAUAUGACUACAUACGUCAUAAAUAUUCUAAAAUGUUAAAAAAAAUAGAAGAAUCAAAUACUCCCAUGAAUGUCAAAGCUGCGAUCCCUCCGAAAUUGACCGGAAAUGAACGAAAGGAUAUGGAUAAAUUUGCACAAAAAUAUCCCUGUAAAUUCGAAAACUAUACUUAUGAAGAGCUUCUUGCUUUAGAACAAAAGGCCCAAGAGCAAAAGAGUUCAAUCUCAGAUUCAGAAUGGGCUAAAGGUUAUAUGAAUGAUCUUUACACUAGAAUGCGGAAAAAGAGCGACUCUGAAGAAUUUCAAAAACAAAUAAGAAAUGUUUUAAGUGGUACAAUGUGGGAUCUAUCUAUAGCAGAAGAAGAAUCCAAGCUUGAUACAGAACUAGCUAAAAAAGUAAUGAAACUUUCACAAUUUGAGAAACAAAUGUGCACCCAGAUAAUGGAAACAAAACAGCAAGCUCGCAAUUUAGUCAAGAAUAGAGUACAAGCAGAAAAAGAAUUCGCUGAUCAAAGGGAACAGCAAUUUAACCAGUUCCUUGACAAUGUGAAAGAACAGAUUCAAUUAGAAGUCACGGAAAUUGAUUUUGAGAAGCAAAGGCAAGCCAUGCUUCACAAGAGGUUGUAUGGCGAAAAAAUGAAGAGGAAACGACAGCAUUACUAUGAAAUUUGUUACGAUACAGUGCUAUCACUAAUAGACUAUGCAACAAAAUAUGCAUAUUUUACGAAACUUCUGGAAGACGACAUACCAGAACACUUUAUUCAUGAAUGGAAAACUCUGUACUAUAAACAACAGCCUAUUUUUGAUAUUCUUGAUCCAAUGGAAGAUUUGAUAAAAGAAAAAACUGAGGAAGAAGCAGCUGCUCCAGUUGAAGAAAUUGUAAGGCUUGAAUUAGAUAGACAGGAGGCUCUUAAUGAGGAUGAAUUUAUGGAAUAUCACAAUUAUUCUUAUCCCUGGACUUUGGAUUUAUUGAUACCAAAUUAUGACCCAGAGUCUGAAGACAGAAAGUAUGAAUACUUAGGAAAUCGGAUAUUAGGGCACAUGGUUUACACCUUGCUUGGAAUCAAGUAUCCUUAUCCACCGCCACUACCUCCCGCCGAGUUACCUCAAUUUAGCACUAAAGCCAUAUUACGGGGCCUUCCAGAUAGGUCGAUAACUGUACCGAUGCAAACAUUGCUAAAUGCGCGUAAAAUUCUUGUUGUUAGGCUCGAAACUGCUAUAAACUUUUGCUUGCGAAAAUUUAAAACUGAAAUGGUAGGUUGCACGGAUAUUGAUUUGUCAUUUGAUAAAUUUAUAGCGGCGGCUCCUGAGGAAGAAGAAAAAGAAUUAAUCAGAUUGAUGAAAAUGGACGAUGACGCCGCUUGCAAAAGCAGCGAGAUAGCCAUAGCGGCCAUGUUGGGUGUUAUUGCAGCCAAUACGAAGCAAACACAGACUCCUAAAACAAUACCCGAAGAGGAAAUUAAGUUAUCCGAUGCUGCAGAACUAGGAAGAUAUGCGUAUGAGACUUUAGGAGUUGGAGAUACUUUGACAGCUCAUCUCUUAUCAGCGAUGAUAGUAGAAUACAUUAAAGACCAUCGUGACAUCAAUGGGUUUGUUAUAAUAAAUUAUCCGAACUCAUACAGAGAAGCACAGAUAUUGGAAGAACAUUUUUCAGGUUAUACACCUCCAAACGACACUGAACUCGAUGAUAGAGAUGAAAUUUAUUUAGAAGAUAGUAUUAUAAAUCAUCGUAAAAAAGAAAAAGAUGCUUAUAAAGAAGUGAGAGUCUCUAAACUAGUAUCUGAUCCUCACAAAAAAAGAGCUGAGAAACCCUUCGAAAGCUAUUUCACGGCUUAUCUUCGUCUCAAAGAAACAAGCGACAUUUUGCAAGAAGUUGUGGUGUGGGAUUUAACACAAGAAAAUUCAGAUUUAAUCGAUCGGUUUUACGCUGUACUAGGCCUUAAUUAUAGUAUGUAUUAUGAAGCUAUAGAUAAAGAAUUUUUAGUCCAAGUGUGCAGGUAUAUUAUUGGUGAUUUAAGUAUGCCAUUAAAGUCCACUGAUAACCUUUUUGGGUCGAAUGUAGUAAGUACUCUUGAAUUCCCAUCAAGUGAAGAUAAAAGGACAAAAUCUAAAAUAGUUCGUCCAGAUGUUUUGGAAGGGAAAUCCAAAGCUACUUUACGUCAUGGCAGCUCUAAGCAGAGUAAAGUGUCAAUGACACACCAGGAAUUAGAGAUCGUAAAGGAACCUUCGGAAGAAUACACCAACACAGAGGGUGGGAUGGGAGAACUCCAUGGUGAGGAAGCCUUGACAAGGACCGAUAGUUAUGAAGAAGUAAAAAUAUUGGCCGGCGAAGAAGAUUGGGAUUACGGCGAGAUUCCUAUCAGUGAAAUAAUAGGUGUAGCAUUAGCUACUUGCUGGCAGGAGAUUGAAAGAGUUUAUAUUCAAGACAUAGAACAAUUAUUUUUCGCGAAACGACUGCAGAUGAACUGCUUGAUUCCCUACGCAAGGUUUAUUAAAGAUAAAAUGGACCAGAUAAUCACUCUGCCUUCUAGUAAACAAGAUUUAGUGUGUCAAUUCCAAAAGGAGUACAAUGAUUUUGAAAACGAUUGGCGUGACAUCAAUUUCACCAAGAACGAAUGGCAUUGCCGGGUCAAGGAACUGCAGGAUAAAUUGUAUAUUAUUUGCGAUCAAAGAAAACACCACGCUGAGCAACAAAGGCAUGCUUUAAUAUGUGAUAAUUGGGCUAUGGAGGAAUUAACAACCUUAGUAAAUACUUACAUAUCUUGUAUGCAGGCGGAACUGAACAGAUCAAUUCUGACAUUUCAAGCUUUCCACGACUUUUACUUCGCCAUGAUUCGACACCUGCCUCCAAACGAGAGGCUGGCGUCUAAAGAGUUGACAAGGAUAUUUAAAGAGUCCGAAGAUGCAUCAGGUAGCAGAAGAAGCGGUGAAGACAAGACUUAUAAGCAGCUAAGAACCAACUUCCAAGAAUUACAGCUCAAAAAUAUUGAAAUUGACUUCCACAACAAUCCUUUUAAUUUUAUUAUUGAGAAUAAUGUAAAGUUUGCUUUAAGGGUUGUUAAGGAUACAAAUGAUUCUUAUCGAUCUCUUAUCGCCAAAGAAUAUAGUGAAAUUGCAAGAUUGCAACCACCAAUAAAAAAGAAAGACGACGCAUCGUCUGAAGAGUCAGUUAACCUUGAAGAAGUUUUCAAACAGAACGCAUUGAAAUGCAUAGAUGAAUGGACUGUAGGCAUCAAUGGAGAAAUGUAUAGAGCUAGUCUACGUAUGCUCGCUCUUCAGUACAAGUGUUAUCGUGACAUGAAAUUAUUUAAUGAUCACAUAAAUAAAACAUUUAUGGAAGUACAAAGUGAUAUUAACAACUAUUACAUUAACGAAAUAAAGUCUGUCGACAGACUUUGUAAGUAUUUGCAAAUGGCCGUUGAGAAUGGUCGAAGAAUUCCAGAGACCCUUGUUCUUGAGCAUGAUACUUUUGUAAUUGAUCCAAACCUAUUGCAAUUUGCAACAACAGAAGCCCCGCGUGAUUCAGAAGUAGAAACUGAACUGGUUGAACCCAUGGAAUUUAAAAUUAGCCAGUUAGCCACACUACGGUCUCAAUUUAAGAUAGUGGCACCUCAUGGGAUAACAUUACAACAGGCGUUUAUCUACCUCUUACAAGAUUUCAUUUUCUUCGGCAAAGAGUCAUGCAAUGGAAGCUUAUUUCCCGAGGCAUGGGUAAAUAUAGAUCCCGAACAAGUACCUAAACUAGUCUAUAUUUUGUUCGGUGACACUGUGUAUGUGGAUUGGCGAGAUUUCCUCAUUUACUGUCUGAAUCUGAGAUUUCCGACUGUAGAAGAGCUACUGGAACUGCGCAAGAGAUUCCGUUGUAAUGAUCUUUCUUCGACGGAAUUGAUACGACGAGAUGAUUUUAUUGAAGAGGAGCUUUGGUUCGAAAGAGAGUUUGAUCCAGACGACAAACACACACAGCUGAGAAAGAAUUUAAUAAAACAUUUUCUGUUUGAAUUGUUUGAAGUCGAAGAGGACAUGAUGAAUUACUCGGCAUUCUUGUUAGCUUUUUGCAAGGAUAUUGAUCCAAUCAAAGGUUUUGUGAACGCAUUGUCUAUGGCUAUCGGCAGGCGAAUUUGUUACGCACCGGAAGAUUGUGAAGAUGUAGUAUGCAAAUUGAUUAAAUUAAAAAAAUACAAAGAUGCAUGCUUAGCUUGCGCUAUGAAAUGUACGAAAGAGUUUCUGGACACACUUUUAACAAAAGUAGUCAACUAUUGUGAAGGGACUACUAUAACUGAACUGCUGUAUGUUCCUCCGCCAGAAGAUAAGAAAGUAAAGAAAGGCAACGGUGCUAAAGGGCAGGCUGCGAAGAGAAUUGAGGCCACACAGAGCGCUCGUCUGCCGAAAGUCCACAAGAGCCUUUCCAGCAAGAGUAAAAUAGCGCAAUCAGAUACUAACGUUAAGACGUUUAUUUGUCGCCCUUGUGAAGACGAGGGUGAGGUUGAAGAGAAGCCGGCGGAGAAACCGGAGCAUAAGGAGGUUGAACACAAGGUGGAAACAAUAGAGGACCCAAACCUGUCAUACUGCAUCAGCCAGGCCGUUAUAUGGAAUAUUUUAAAAAUCUGUUUACCUUGGCAUUUUGUAUUGGUUCCGGAGCAAAAGAAAACACCAUAUAUAGACCAAGUCACUGGCGUGAUGAAGCGUUUAGAAGUGGACACAGAUAAUGGUGACAUUUACAUCUGUAGAUUCGUCAUUGAUUCAACCAUUUGUAAGAUUUUGCAUAAAGUUAAGAAGUUUACAGCUCUCAAUCUUGGCGAAGCCGUGCACAAGAUUUUCGUUUGAUUUUAUUUUUCAAAGAUACGAUACCUUAAUCAUGUUAUUUUUUUCAAUAUUAUUCCUACAUUAUCAUGUUAGCUU